AUGAAGUCUCGCGAUUCUGAAGUCCCUGAAUCCAGUCGUGAUGCUCGGAAUAGUAAACAAAGCGAGCAGUAUGCUUGUAAUGAGAGUCGACGGGCAGAGAGGAACUUGAGACGCCGAAAUGCUUACGCAACAAUGGAUCCUGCUAAGAAACGAAAAAUGCUAGAUGAUAUUAACGAAAAGCGUCGCGUCAAAAGUAAUGCAGCUAAAUCUACACUAACUCACGACGUCAAUGCUGCAAAGCGAUUCCAAUAUGAACCACCUGGAUUUUGUUGCUCCUCUGGCCAAGUGGUUUUGGUGUCUAAUGAAAUGCCUCCGCUAUUGAAGCAAUACUUCUGUGAGAAAGAUGAAGUGUCACGUCAUUUUCAAGCAUGUGUUCGAACAUACAACAACACAUUUGCAUUUACUUCACUAGGAAUCCACAACUAUGACAAAAAUUUAUCCAGGAGGAAUAAAGGAAUCUAUACAUUUAAGGUCCAAGGACAAAUGUAUCAUUUUAUCAAUGAUCUGGUGCCUGAAAAUCAACCUCCUAAAAACUUGCAACUAUAUUUCUUUGAUACUGAGCAUGAGGUUGAAAAUAGAAUCAAAGGGGCAGAACGAAUGGAGGCAAGUGUUGUUGAAAACCUGAUUGAUGUACUUGGAAGCAAUCCGUAUUCACAGUUCUUCAGAAAUCUUAAGGAUAUAUCAAGUAUUGAAGAUUGUAAUAUUGUAAUUCGCUCAAAUGCAACUUUAGAUCAACGUGUUUACAACAUGCCUACCUCUUCUCAAGUUGCAGCAAUUUGGGUAGAAGAACAAGAUGGUAGCGGAGAAAACAGUCGUGAUAUUAAAGUUUUUGCAAAAACUGGCCGUUCACAUUCUGUCAAAUACUAUUAUGGUUGUUAUGAUCCCUUGCAAUAUCCCCUAUUGUUUCCCCACGGAGAAAGUGGUUGGCAUGAGGGUAUAUCUAAGGUACCUAAAUCUUAUACAAAUCGUACCUCCAUUUGUCAAGGUAUUCUUCAACCUGGACAAUUUCCUUCAAUAGAAGCUUUGUUAGACAAAGAAAAUGAAAAUAUUGUUGGUAAGAGCAAGCGGAACACAGUUUCAUGCAGAGAAUAUUAUGCUUAUCGUUUCCAAAUUCGACCAAAUGAUAAGUCUAUGCUCCUACAUUCAGGAAGACUCUUUCAACAAUUCAUUGUUGACACGUAUAUCAAAAUUGAGACACAAAGAUUGGAUUAUUUUCGAGCACAACAACGUGAUGUUCGAACAGAAAGCAUGCAAGGAUUAGUGGAUAGCAUUGCAUGCGGGGAAACAAAUGCAUCUAAUGUCGGACGUAGAGUAAUUUUACCCGUUUCUUUCAUUGGAGGCCCACGGGAUAUGCGUAAAAGAUACAUGAAUGCUAUGACAUUAGUGCAGCGAUAUGGUAAGCCAGAUAUUUUUUUAACGAUAACUUGUAACCCAAAUUGGCCUGAGAUAAAAAAUUCGCUUGAGUUUUGCGAUGAACCACAAAAUAGGCCUGAUUUGAUUUCCAGAGUGUUUCGUGCUAAGUUGGAAGAAUUGAAAGUUGACCUCAUAAAGAAAAAAGUUUUUGGAGUGGUGAUAGCAUACACUUAUGUGAUUGAAUUCCAAAAGCGUGGGCUACCACAUGCUCAUUUCUUAUUAAUUUUGGGAAAAAAUCACAAAUUCAAAUCAGGUUUGGAUGUUGAUGCAAUUGUUAGUGCAGAAAUACCUGACGCUGUUCACAACUCUUCUUUGCACUCUUUAGUAGCAAAACACAUGAUACAUGGACCAUGUGGUUCAAUGAAUCCUGAAAAUCCAUGUAUGGUUGAAAAGUCUGGUGCUAGACUUUGUAAAAACAAAUAUCCGAAGGGCUAUUCGGAUGCAACAGUUAUGGGAGAGAACUCAUAUCCUACUUAUAAGCGACGGAACAAUUCACGCUUUGUCACCGUCCGUGGCCACCAACUGGACAACAAAUGGGUCAUACCAUAUAACGCAUAUUUGUUAUCUAAAUUCGAUUGUCAUAUCAAUGUUGAAGUCUGUGCAAGUAUUAAGUGUGUCAAGUACAUAUACAAGUAUAUAUAUAAAGGCCAUGAUAGAGUUGCAUUUAGUGUGUCUUCCGGAGAAGAAGUCAUUGAUUUUGAUGAAAUAAAAGAAUACCAGAAUGCAAGAUGGGUGUCACCUCCUGAAGCUGCAUGGAGAAUAUAUGGUUUUAGCCUUGCCGAAAUAAAACCAGCAGUAGUGGACUUGCAGGUCCAUUUGGAGAACUACCAGUACAUGAGAUUUGACAACAAACAAGAUUUGAUUCACCUUGUGGAUAAUCAAUUUAGCUCAAAGACAAUGUUAACAGAAUUUUUCUUCAUGAAUAUGACUGAUGAGACAGCUAAGAGAUUGAAUUUAUUGUAUCUAGAAUUCCCCGAGUUCUUUGUUUGGGUAAACAGAGAUAAACAAUGGUAUCCAAGGAAAAAAAGAGAGGUUAUAGGUCGAUUGGUGAGUGUUAAUCCCAUUGAAGGAGAGAGAUAUUAUUUGAGAAUGUUGUUGAUGAAUGUCAGGGCUCCAAAAUCAUAUGAACACUUAAAAAUGGUUGGUGAAUCUAUGGCUACAACUUUCAGAGAAGUUGCAGAGAAAUUAGGGUUGUUGCAGAGUGAUCAAGUGAUAGAUCAAUGUUUGCAGGAAGCCAUGUGUUGGCAAAUGCCUACAAGUUUUCGUAGGUUAUUUGCAACCCUAUUGAUUUUUUGUAACAUUCCUUCUCCCCAUGAUUUGUGGACGAAAUACAAGGAACAUCUUUGUGAAGACAUAAUUUCAUCAUGUAACAGUAUAAUUGAUGCUGAAAAUAAGUGUCUCCAUAUGAUAAGUGAUAUACUUGAAUCUUUGGGGAAGAAUAUAAAUGACUUUGGUUUAGUUUCUUAUCAUAUUGGUCUUUCAAAAGAACAAAGAAUACACAAAGAAAUACAAGCAGAAAAAAAUUUGCUUCCUAAUGAAACAGAUUUACUUGCUAUAACAAAGUUGAACCAAUCUCAGCGAGUUGCAUUUGACACCAUAAUUUCUAGAGUUUACUCAAAUUCAGGAGGGGUUUUCUUUGUUGAUGGCCCAGGGGGAACUGGUAAAACAUUUCUAUACAGGUGCCUUUUAGCCCGUGUGAGAGCAAACCAAGACAUUGCACUUGCAACUGCAACAUCUGGGGUAGCUGCAUCUCUUUUACCCGGAGGCCGAACAGCUCAUUCUCGAUUUAAAAUACCCAUCAAUGGAGAUGAUAAAUUUGUAUGCAAUAUUGGGAAACAAAGUGCCGAAGCCUCACUGCUUAGAGAGUGCAAGUUGAUUUUAUGGGAUGAAGCAACUAUGGCCAACCGUAGAGACAUAGAAAAUGUCGAAACAACUUUGCGAGAUAUAACAAACAAUGACACAAUCUUUGGUGGCAAAGUUGUAGUAUUUGGAGGUGAUUUUCGCCAAACAUUACCUGUGAUACGAUCUGGAAGCAGACAGGAUUUUAUAGAAGCAAGUUUGGUUAAAUCACAUAAAAUUUGGCCAAUCGUUGAGAGAUUGGUUUUGACAGAAAACAUGCGGGCUAAAGAAGACCCAUCUUUUUGUGAAUACUUAAUGCGCGUGGGAAAUGGAACAGAAAAAUAUGUGGUUGGCAAUUCAAUUCAAAUUCCAAGAACAUUCCUUGUCCCAUCUACAGAUGAAUUACAGUCUUUCAAUUCAUUAAUUGACAUAGUUUUCCCAGAUUUAAUGAACUUCACCCGCGAUCCUUAUCCACUCAUGAAGCGAGGUAUAUUGACACCGAAGAAUGAAUUCGUGGAUGAAAUUAACAACUCCUUAAUUGAUAGAUUUCCUGGAGACGAAAAAUGCUAUAUAAGUUAUGAUGAGUUGCUUGAUUCCACUUGCAAAAAUGAUUUUGUUGACUACUUGCAUACUAUCUCAGUACCUGGGUUACCUCCUCACAAGUUGAUUGUAAAAAAGAAUUGCCCAGUAAUUUUGCUGAGGAAUAUUAAUCCUGCAGAAGGACUUUGUAAUGGUACCCGGUUAAUAUGUGAUGACUUCCGUGAUCAUGUUAUACGUUGUUUCAUUGCUUCUGGGGAACACAUUGGCAAACAUGUUUUCAUACCAAGAAUACCACUUGAAGCUUCAAAGGAUGAAAAUUGUUCACUUCCAUUUAAACGUCACCAAUUUCCAAUCAAAGUUUGUUUUGCCAUGACAAUAAAUAAGGCACAAGGACAAACAUUUGAUUUUGUGGGGAUUUACUUGAGACAACCGGUGUUUUCACAUGGACAAUUAUAUGUUGCAUUAUCAAGAGCAAAGAAAGCAGAUUGUGUAAAAAUGUUACUUUGCAAUACUCAUCGCGAUACAACUACUACAGACCUAACUGAUAACAUUGUCUAUCAAGAAAUUCUAAAUGAAGCUUGUGGAUCACUUCUUUGA